UCCACGUGUCCGGUUUGUUUUCCGGUCCCGGUGUGUGUGGUGCUGCUGCAGAGGUCCGUCUGAUCCGAGCUGGACCAUGUCUGAAGAGCUGUCUAAUGAGGAGGGACAGCCCCAGUCCACCCAGUCUUCAUCCCAGGCCCAGUCCACCCAGUCUUCAUCCCAGGCCCAGUCCACCCAGUCUUCAUCCCAGGCCCAGUCCACCCUGUCUCCGUCCCAGGCCCAGUCCACCCAGUCCCAGUCCCUGUCCCAGUCUAAGUCCCAGUCCCAGCCUGGUUCCAGUUCUUCCAGUGGGCCGACAUCCAGCAGCCAGUCGUCCAGCGGUUCUGGGACACUGAGCAGUGUGGACACCAUCCCUGUCACCCUGCCGUCCGUCCCUGAGGAGCCUGAACCACAACCAUGGGGCCGCCUGCUGCCCAUGGCCCAAGGCUUCAGAGCCCACAACUGUGUGGAGGACCAGUAUCUGUUUGGACGUGAUUCUAAGUGCGACUACGUUCUGGACGAUCCGAACGAACCCGGAUCCAAACGGUUCAGAAUCUACAGCAAGAAACACUUCAGGAUCUACAGAGAGAACAGUCAGGUGUUUGUGGAGGACUACAGUAACAACGGUACAUUUGUUGAGGGUCAGCUGGUCGGUCAGAAGAGGAAGUUUCCUCUUUUCAACAACGCAGUGCUGGCUCUGUCCGAACAACGCAACAAAGUGUUCGUGUUCAUUGACCUGAUGUCAGAUGACCAAUCGGCUCUACCGCAAGAACUUCGGGACAAAUAUUUUGUGACUCAGCGAAUUGGAACAGGAGUGUGUGGGGAGGUGCGGAUGGCCUUCAGCAGGUCCACCUGUCAGGAGUUUGCAGUAAAAAUCAUCAACAAGAAGAACUUCCGAUCUGAAGGGACGGCUGUAAAGAACGCACAAACAGAGAUUGAAAUCCUGAAAAGAAUCAAUCACCCGUGUCUCAUAAAGACGGAGGACUUCUAUCAGACAGACGACAGUUUCUACAUCGUGUUGGAGCUGAUGAAGGGGGGGGAACUCUUCCAGAGGAUCAAGUCUCAGCAGCAGCUUCAGGAGUCCGUCACCAAGCUGUACUUCUACCAGAUGCUGCGAGCCGUCCAGUACCUCCACAGUAACGGGAUCAUCCACAGAGAUCUGAAACCAGAAAACGUCCUGCUGUCCUCUCAGGACGACAUCUGUCUCAUCAAGCUGACAGACUUUAACCAGUCCAGGAUCUUGGAGGAAGCGGCUCUGAUGAGGACUCUCUGUGGGACUCCUCUUUAUCUCGCUCCCGAAGUUUUUACUCACGCAACGACGACCGGCUACAGUUUAGCUGUCGACGCCUGGAGCCUCGGGGUGCUGCUGUUUGUCUGUCUGGGUGGAUAUCCUCCGUUUCAUGAGGAUUUUGGUCAUCAGUCUAUCAGAGAUCAGAUCGUCGGAGGAGAAUUCACCAUGGUCCAGUCCAAGUGGAGAAACGUGUCUGACCAAGCUAAGGACGUGGUUCGGAGGCUGCUGGUGGUUGAUCCCUGUCAGAGGAUGACUGUGGAGGAAGCUCUGCAGCACACCUGGCUACAGGAUGAUGACAUGUUGAAGACGGCUCACAGGCUCAUGUACCCUGAUGCUGAUGCUGCUGCUGCUACUGUUGCCGCGGCAGCGGAGGCGGAGCCCGCGGGGCCCUCGAGGAGGAAACGAGGGCGAGGUGAUGAAGAUGAUGAAGAUGAUGAUGAAGACCACCCGGCCAAACGGAGGCUAACCCCGCCCUCUACCUCGUAACAGACGACCAAUCAGAAGCAGUCAUGUCACAUCUACUGAAACACUGUAAAUAAAGUUUAUACUGUCUUUCUAAUAAAGUUUUUUAU